AGACGCCCAUAAUGGAAGCACUCUGUAACGUGUAGCGUCCGAGGAUGGUGCGUGGCUGGCGGGAAGGAGGGAAGGAGGGGAGACUUCAUUGAAUGGCAGUGCAGAAUUCGAAUUCUCAGCUCGGGAAGCACAUUCCGGACAAUUUGAAAUUUGACCUAGGGGAAUUAGUUGCCAUCUUCGUGGCUUCGGUGUCAGCAUCGUAGUUACUUAAGAUAGAUGCAUUGCACUCCGUUCGAGUUUGGGUACGAUUUGAACCUCCGCGUUCGGAAGGAGAGGGAUGUCGACCUUGUGCUCUGAGGUCCGAGGUUUCUGUUUGUCACGAGUGAUUUGGAGGUAAUCAGAUUCGUGGAUCGAAGCACGUGGGUAUGGAAUCGGGGUCAUGCAUCUCCAAUCCUCUCCUCCGUACGCACAUUGGAAGCGGAUCAAGAGCUGGAGCAGUGAGCGAGACGACUUAGACGGUUAUCGCAGGAUGCUCGAAGGUCGAGAAGACUGGAUUUGCGAAGGUGAAUCACUUCAGUCCUUACGUGCGUGACUGAGACUUUAAUAACGUGAAGGCAAGGGUGUCAAGGAGCCAGAGUGCAAAUACAAGGGUUGUCACAACGGUGUCAAGCGCAAGCUCGGAAUGAGACUAUAUGCAUUUAUUCCGCCUCCUUGGUCAUCGCUUUCGGGGAAGGUCUGUAGUCGUGAAGCAGGUCGGAGAAUGAAAUUUUCAGGUGCUACAAUCCACUUCGAAGUGGGGGUUGUUUCCUUGAAUCUUCAUCGAUAUGCAAUAUCGACUACAUCGGAUCACAGGAUUUGACCAAUAGGUCGUCUCACUGUCAACAGUUUUGUUGAGUUCUUUAUGGUAUGGAUUGCUUAGGGGUAGAAGUGCAAAUUCCGGAUACCAAAAGAGCAAAGCGUGAAAAAAAGCUUUCUAUAUCCAUGUCUAAUAAAAUACUGGAUAGAAAGCAAACUGUUGAUUUAGUGAAGAAGGUGGCAGCCGAAAAUGGCGGCCGGGAUUGUACUAAAUCUGGCUUUCUGCUCGAAAGCCAGUUGCCCGAGAAUGCUCUAUCGCCACAGCCAGUUUCAUCACCUCCUAAGAGAAGCCUACAGCUAAAGGCCCCAUCUCCAAUCAAGCAGCCUGCUGGUCAAAGACGGCGGAAACCCCAGGAUAAGAAGGUUUUAAUAGAGAAUGGAAGUAUCCAUGGUGUUUCGGAACCUUCAAAACAAGCUGCGUGUGAAAAUUUUUUUCUGCCAGCUUCAAAGAAACGUAAACUACAGAAAAGUAUACCGGUUGAGGAGAAUGACUUCGUGGUCACGAAUCAAGGCAUCAAACGCCGAAUUGAGGAGGUUCCAUCUGCUGGUUCUAUAAGUGUGACAGAUGUGGCAACAGAGAUCUUUCCCAACAGGGACGAAGCUUGUGGGCUGUUCCAACAACCUCUUGAAGGAAAGAGAGUUUCUUCUAAAUUACUCUGUACUUCAACCCAGAUAUCAGAAAUUGGUUUACGUGCGAAAGCGGCAUUGGAUGCCAAGGAAAAUGCUCUCCGAAGUGCUGGUAAACCUAUACAUCCAAUAUUUUUAAAGGCAAAGGCGUCAACCACUAAGGUUGCAAUUUCAUCCAGCGACGCGGGAGUUUUGGAACCUUGUCCCCCUAUACACGUGACUCAAUGGUUAGAGGAUGAGAGGACACAAACAAACUGGGAAGAUUCAGCUUCCCCACCUACUUCGCCAAUUCAGCGUUGUAAGGAGGAGGAACUGAUUAUUAGUCUUGUGCAAAGUGGAUAUAAACUCCAGGAUCAUCUUCUCAUAUCCAAACCAAGAAGUUUAAAUCAAGAUAAUGCAUCAAGGCUGCAGAAAGACUUGGGCACAUCUACCUUACAUACAACAUCUGGUGUUAGUUAUGUUAAUACUUGCCCGAUUUUAUCUCGUGAACAAAGUCUUCAAGAUCUUCAGGAGUACUUGCAACAUAGCUCCAAACCAGAAAGAAAGUUUGCCGGGGCCUGCGUCAAACCUUUUUCCUGUGAUAUUACUAGUAGUAACUCAGUGGACAUAUUAAAAGACAGGUUGUCUUGGUAUGAUGCUCGCCACAAUUCCCUUCAUUCUGACAAGGACAAAGGAGCCUUUGGUUCACAAAAGAACAUGUUGUGGACUGACCUCUAUCAACCUAAAGCAUCGAAAGAGGUUUGUGGUAAUUUCACUGGAGUUGAGUUGUUGAAUACCUGGUUGCAUAGCUGGAGAGAGAAGAUGACGGGACAAGUUAACUGUCCCGACCUUUCUCAGAAAAAGGGUUCCACCAGAAAUCAUGAUUUGGACGAUGAUAGAGGUUGGUUCGAAGAUGAAAGUGAAACCGAGACUGAUCCUGAUGAGGAGAGCGGUCUCUGUAGCACUUUACUUGUCACUGGUCCAACUGGGUGUGGAAAGUCUGCUGCUAUAUAUGCUUGUGCCGCAGAGCAGGGUUUGACUGUCAUUGAGGUCAAUGGUUCUUGUUGUCGAAGUGGAGCGUCUAUUCUGCAGAAGUUUGGAAGAGGAGGGUUGGAAUCACAAGCAAUGGGGAAAUGGUCUAGUGUUGAAGAUCAAACCUCUCCUCUCAAUGAAAGUAGUGGGAAGGAGGCUAAUAAUAGUCAAAAAAUGUCAAACCACGUCGGAAAAGCUUCUCCACAAGGUCCACGCAAGGGCAAGAGAGAAGGCAAGACGCGUGGUAAGGCUGCCGGCAAGAACGUUAGACAUCCUGUUGGCACGUCUUCAAUCGGUAGGAAGUUAUUUGAAAACUGUAUCCCGAAUGGGAUGGAAGAGAAUUUAGGAAUGGGUAUUGAGGAACCGGAGACUGGUAGCGCGCAGAAGAAGAAAAUGACGGUCAUUCUCUUCGAAGAUGUCGAUGUGCAAUUUGAGGAGGACAGAGGUUUCUUGACUGCGUUGGUCCAGCUUGCCAAAAAGACGAAGCGACCUAUGAUUUUCACCAGUACUUCACGUCAGCCUGGUUUGCCUCAAAUCUUGGAGAAAACCAGAAUCGACUUCUUUUAUCCAGCUCCAGAGGAGUUGACGGUUCAUGCUUCCAUGGUGUGUAUUGCAGAGGGUGUUGCGUGCUCUCCUUGGAUGGUCGAUCGAUUAGUCGGAUCCUGUCAUAAUGACAUACGGAAGGUCAUGAUGGCACUCCAGUUUUGGAAACAAGACGAUUGUCCUUCACCCAAAUCAUCUUUGCAAAGGAAUAUGAGGGCCUCAGAAAGUUCUUUCGACAAUUUUGAAGACCCUAGAGUCAGAUCUGUGGGUGAAGGCCGGGAGGGAACAAGGAGAAAUCUCAGUCUUUCUCGUCCCUUCUCUUCCGGAAUUUUAAACUUGAAUGAAAAAGUCGCCCCUGUUCUCUCUGAAACCAAUGCGUUCAGACAGUGGGAUGCAGAUGCUAGGUACCUGUUCGAACUUGAUAUUCACCACAUCGUACUUCCAGAAUUGUUCACCAGCAAUUUUCCAUGUCUGUUAUCUCUGGAGGUUGCCGGAAAGAUCAACUCAGCAGUCAGCGAACUUGAGAAGCUGGAAACCAUGGCUGCGGUAAAGGAUGCAAAAGAACAGGGUUUGGUUAUACAGGCUAAGCUCGAUGCUGCUGAGGCUGAACGAAAGGCUUUGAGGAGAGCCAAGGAUGCUCUGCGAAGAGCGUCUCGAAUGAAGGCAGAAGUGGUGGACGGCGAGGGUCCUGUAUUGGCGAAGGCUGAAUCUGAUGAGAACAAGUUCAGACUUUCUGAAAGCCCUGUCAAGAAUAUAAGAGAGGCUCGAGCUCUGGCCCGAACAUGUUCACCUUUGAAAUUGAAGCCAAAACGCGCACUUCUCCUGUACAAUUCGGACGACGAUGAGGAGGGACCAGAAGCACAGGUUCAAGACGAUAGUUGUCUUUCUUGUAUAUCAAAUCUUUUCAGUGGUGGAACACCCGUGACCGAAUUGCAUGGUAACCAGGCAGCCCCUGCGAACGUGGGGAUCAGUGAUGACUUGGAAGACAAAGACGUCGUGCUCGAUCCUAGUUUUGAAUCUGUUUCUCCAGUGAUAAGAAAGAGGAUUUUGCAAGACCUUGAAGACGGUGUAUCACGUUCGACAAUGUUAAGGACGGAAAUCAACCUCAAUAUUGAGAUUGAUAGUGAGGAGGUGAACGUGGUGACGGGUUCUUGCCCCGACGAGGUUGAACGUUUGUCUCCUCUUUGUCAAAUCUCAUCAACAGCCACAAUUUCUGAGACUGCCAGUCGUGAGAAUAUUGGUUUAGACAGGCGCCAUUCAGUUACAGGGUCUACCCGGAGAGAUGUGGAUCUGGUUUUGGAUGUAGACCAUGUAGGUAAUCCAAUUGUGGGCGUACUGACUAAGAUUGUGGACGCGAGCCAGCCAGAAGUUUUAGUCGAAAAGACAAAGCCAACGGCAGAAAACAUUGUCUUCGAUGUUGACUUGAACCUAGUACCUUGUGUUGUAGACAAUGAGGUUGUAGAGUAUGAAGCUGUUAAUAAUGAUGUGAAUAUAAAUUAUUCUGAUGGCGGACAGAAACGGCAUGCCGGAAAUGCCGUCACAGGCAGUGAUGUCGAUCCCAAGGCAAUUGGAGCCUAUAGAGAAGAUCGCAGUAGAAGUUGUGAUGUAGAAAAUGUCAUGCCCGUGGCUAAGUCAAGAGGAUUUGAUGUAGAAAGGUCGGUUUCACCCUUUAUUGAAUCUGGAAUUAAGCUUUCGGAUCAGUUAGAAGCAGGUGAAGAGGUGAGAUGUAGGUAUAUAAACCCUGUCGAAGAAGCUUGGAGAACCAUGCGGGAUGACCGACAAGCUCUCCGUGAUCGGUUGGGCCCUAUCCAACCGAAUAUUAAUAUUACUGAUGCCCUUGCCACAGUAUUGGAUGUCAUUUCAGCCUCUCAAACGAUCUCAAUUGUUUCGUCAGAAUCAUGGAAAAACGCUAGGACCAACUUCAAAGACACAUUGAAUGGGUUGGUGGAAGGCAACAUUGGACACUGCUGUUUAUGGGAAUGUGGUCAAGAAAUUGCCUCCCAGUUUGUAAGGGCAGGUCUGCAAAAACUCUCCACUUCUCUAUUGGUUUCUCCGCCUCGUGAAGCUAGAAUUCCCGUGGUCUUAGGGAUAUUAUCAGCUGCUAAAGACGUCCCCGCCGUUGGCAAAUGCAUGGUAACCUGUAACGACAUGAAAAGCAUGUACAACUCUGCGAAUCUGUUGAAGGUUAUCGACAGUACUUACUCGAAGGAGGAGACUGCAAGGCAUUUGAAAAGGCAGGAGAGGUUAGAAGAAAUUAUUACGACGCGCUUGCUUCCACGGGGAAGAAUGACAGGAAGCAGCCGUUUAGAAUACUCUGCUUACCUGGCUAGGAUGAGCCAGUCUGAAGAGCAGCGUCGGACUCAAACCUUCAGUGAAAGCAGAAGAUCACGAAGAUUUCAACAUCACCUUAAUCCGAGGAUGUCAGACGCGGAUAUUGCCGAAAUCUCCUUACUAUGUAAAUUUGGAAAGGCCUGAUUAUCCUACGUUUGAUUGGGGAUUGAUUCAGUGGAAUUCACAAAUUCCCUUACAGAAUGUUAAAAAUAUACAGAAAAAUUGAGAUACACUUCAACUGUAGAAAUAUUGAUUGGCCAGCCUGACACGGAUAACUGGAUCUCGUCAUGAAUGUGGACUUGUUGGUGACAGUUCUGUCAGCAACGGGGGAAAUUAACCCCUCCAGCACCAUUACAAUUUUUCAGUAAAAGUCAGAAUUUGCAAUGCAAGUUUUCGUGGCCUGUUCGUUAGUGAAUGUAAAGUAAAUCGUACACCAAGAGCAGAGACCACAGUUUAAACAGUAAAGCACUCAAGAAGAUAUCACCAAAGACAUGAAUGUGCAAGUCAGAACGGGAGGCUGCAGAUACAUGUACAGAGAAGUCAAUCGAUGCGGCAGUACAUGGUCAAGGGCCCCACUAAGUACCUGGGUGUUGAAGGAAAACUAGACUGCAGAUCUAGAAGCAGCUGUGGCAGCAACAAUGCAGUUGCCAAAUGAAUCUCUACAGAAGAGCUUCUCAAGGAAUCUCACCACUGGAACUUUCCAGCUUUCGUCUCAAGAACUCCACAGUUGGCAACUGUCCGCUUGAUCAAGUUAAUGAGACUAGUUUGUUCCUUGAAAGCAAACGAUAUUCCACAGUACCCACAUUGCAACUCGAGACUGCGAUGACUGUACAGGUUUGGAAAGGGAGCUCCAUCGAACCCCACAAGAGAGCAGAACUGUGGAAAGAGAUUUCUGCCAGGACCAGCAGACUCAAACUCAGCAACGACCAACAUAUAGCAACAUGCCUGCUGUGAGUCCAUCCCAGGGAGGUGCAAACACAGUGACACCGAUCGUCAGCCGCAGAAACAGACCACAAGUAUGAAGUCAGAUUCGGGGCCGUGACAGUGUAGAGCAUCAUCACAAGGGCGCUCUCGAUAGCAUCCCCUUUCCCGAUGUGGCCCCCACAAACACUCCCACUCUAUUGAAAACUUGAGCAUUUGUAGACAACGGUUACAAUAAGAGAAUAAAAUGGUUGCAAAUAUGGUGAUUAUAUCUUUUAGAUAUGACAGAUUUCCAAUGUUUUCAGUUUUAGGCCGGUAGAUAUUUCAUAUAAUUUUAUUAUAUC